AAUGAUCAGUUGAGUGCGGUACUUUGUAGCUAGCGGACGCGUCUUCGGUGGAAGCGGAUCUGGAUGGGUUGAGGCAGCCAAACGUGUGAGUUGCCGAGUUAGAGCGUAUAAAUUGAUGUGUUUUGUAUACAUACUCUAGUGCGAAUGCAGAAAUGAGUAAAUAAAUUCAUAUAACAAAAGAGAAAACACAAUAAAAAUGACAAUUGCGAGGUGCUUUUGAAUAAAUUUGUCAUAGGAUGCAACAACAAAACAAGCAUAAAUCGAAAUAAAUACUAUUUUACGCGGAUGAGUAAACCAAAGUGAAAAAGGCUUAAAAAACAAAAAGAAUAUAGAAAGUGACCUUUAAAUAGGGUGCUCAUUCGGAAGCGACAGCGUUAUUUGAAAGCGAAAUUCGUGACCAGGUGCAGCCGACCAAAUAGUGGAUUCUCCUUUAAUAAACUCAAAAUUAAAGCAGAAAAGUAAAUGCAAGAAUUGUUGUAUUUAUCGAAUACUGCUAAAUACGAAUGAAAGCUCAAGACAAAGCAGAGAAAGGCAGACAGAAGUUUGGUGGCAUGAGUUUUCGAUAAUAAUGUUUCAAGAUUUGCCAGGAAUGUUCGCUAAAAUAUAUGGGAACACAGUUUAUACAUACGCCUCAUUAUAGCAGAAUUAGUGGACGCUCCAACUUAGAUUCGAAAAAUCUAGCAGAUCCGAGCAAAUAUUUCGCCUGUUCACAUCAAUCAUACAAUUUCUCGCACUAUGACAACCUGUUGGCAUGUUUUACGAUGGCGCGUUCUGCUUUCAGCCAUAAUAUUACUAAUCAUGAGCUUCAUCCACAUGACCCAAGGUUUCCCAUUUGUCUUCAACACUAAUCGCAAACUCAUAAAUUGGACUGCUCCAGAGGAUAACUGGGAAAUAGAGUUAGCACCACGCAGCAUUACACCGCACGUAGAACUGAAAAAGUUUUCGCACCGCACCGAUCCCAACCCUGGACAAAGCGAUGAAGCGUUUCUGGAGCGAUUGCGGCAGCUCAAGCGCAAUGACACAAUGGCGCGCAUGCUUUGGUACGACACUACACCUGAUGGCCUCAAUUAUCCGCCCUUCGUGGAUAAGGCGCUGAAGCUUUUCAAUCUUAAACAAGUGGCUUUCGAGAUCGAGAACAGUGUAAUGUCCAAAGUGUCUUGCACAGCUUGCAAAGCAGGGGCUGGCUUGCUGCAGCACUAUAUCCGCGCUGGCAAAACGGAGGCGGAGAUCAUUAAAUUGAUUUACGAAUUUUGUGUUAAUCUCAAUAUACAAAGCCCACGCGUUUGCGAGGGAGUGUCGACACUAUUCGGUAGUGAAGUGAUCUACGUCCUUCAGCGCGUCAAUCUCGGGCCAGAUGAGAUUUGUAGUUUCGUUAUUGGCGAUGCUUGCGGCGACGUUUACAAUCCAUACCAUGAGUGGGAGGUGAUAUUCCCGCCAGUACCGAAACCUCCGGCUGCAGAGCUGGGUGUGCCAAAAGAGGCGGCUCCAUUUUUCAAAGUGCUACACAUCUCAGACACACAUUACGACCCACAUUAUGUGGAAGGUUCUAAUGCCAACUGCAACGAGCCACUGUGUUGCCGACUGAGCAGCGGACGUCCGUCUAAUCCAAAUGACGCAGCUGGGAAAUGGGGAGAUUAUCGUAAGUGCGAUACGCCGAAGCGAACUGUGGAUAAUAUGUUGGAACACAUUGCGGACACGCACAAGGACAUUGACUACAUUCUGUGGACUGGUGAUCUGCCGCCACACGAUGUUUGGAAUCAGACCAAAGAAGAGAACUUGGAGAUCAUCAAAGAAACAGUGCGUCAGAUGACUGAAAAGUUUCCGGGUGUGCCUAUCUUCCCAGCGUUGGGCAAUCAUGAAAGUGCGCCGGUGAAUAGCUUUCCGCCACCUUAUGUGAACCAAGUGGAUAUCUCUAUAUCAUGGCUUUAUGAUGAGUUGGAUGUACAAUGGCGUCGAUGGCUGCCGCAAAGUGUCUCGCACACUGUGCGGCGUGGCGCGUUUUACUCAGUCCUGGUCCGACCAGGCUUCCGCAUCAUUUCUCUAAAUAUGAACUAUUGCAACAACAAAAAUUGGUGGCUACUGCUUAACUCUACGGAUCCGGCAACUGAACUUCAAUGGUUCAUUUAUGAGCUGCAAAGUGCUGAGUUCUCCAAUGAAAAAGUGCACGUGAUCGGUCACAUACCACCAGGUCAUCCAGAUUGUUUAAAGGUGUGGUCGCGCAACUUUUAUCGUAUCAUUUCACGAUACGAAAGCACAAUUACGGCACAAUUCUAUGGACACACACACUUUGAUGAAUUCGAAAUGUUCUACGAUCCACACGACCUAAGUCAUCCCACAAGUAUCGCAUAUAUUGGGCCAUCGGUAUCACCUUAUUAUGACCUCAACCCGGGUUACCGCAUUUAUUAUGUGGACGGGGAUCAUGACACUACCACUCGUUUGGUUAUAGAUCACGAGUCUUGGAUCAUGAACUUAAAGGAAGCAAACCUUUACGAUUACCCAAUUUGGUAUAAGUUGUAUACUACUCGCGCGGUAUAUAAUAUGAAGGCUCUCAGGCCAGUGGAUUGGAGUAAUUUAAUUGAUGAGAUGGCGAAUAAUCAGGAACUAUUUGAUUUAUAUUACAAAAAUUACUGGAAGAACUCACCUAUUCGGCCAGCAUGCGAUGCGGAGUGCCGGAAACGAAUGCUUUGUGAUUGCAAGAGCGGGCGGUCGCAUGACAGACGACAUUUCUGCCAAGACGUUGAGGCGAAAAUAGAUGAUGGGUCGUCAAAAUCAUGGAAAUCAUGGCUCUACCGCGGAUUGACCAGCUCAAUACUCCAACACCAUCUACGAAGCUUCGAUUUAAUAUCUAUACUGCAACAACACCUCAUCGAAGGCAGCAAGGAAGAAUGGCUUUAAACGAUUUUCCUACGCGAUGCACAAAAACUACACUCUGGGGUUCCCGGGCACAAAAUUAUUCCUGGAAACAACAUAGCGAACAAGCUGGUACGCAGGGGCACUAACGAACACUGUAUAAUGGGAAUAUUCAUCACGCUUAGGGACACGAUAUCGAAGCGAAAGUAUCGAUAUGGAACUCAUUUGAAGUAUCGCUGUAAAAAUAUCGGGUACUCAUUAAUAUCGGAAUAAAAAUACUCGAUGUCCCUAAUAUCGAUACCAAAAUUCAAAAAAAAAAAUCUCUUAACAAUGGAGUCGUAUGUAGGCGUUGUGGUGUAGUGAUUAGAAGUGCUUUGAAAAAAGGACAAAGUAGAUUUCUCGAAAAACAAAUAAAGUCAGAAGACAUCAUCAUGAGAAAAAACACCUUCUUUUAAAAUAAAGUACUGAUGGUCACCGUACGUAUGACGCCAGAUACGCUCAAUGAUCAACUUAGGAUCCAAGAUGGCCGCCACCUUUCCCCCGCUAUCUUCAGUGGAUUCAAAUACUUGAAUACUAAAAAAAAACUAUUAGUUCUGGAACAAUGGCCAUCGUUUUGAUUUUGUAAAGGUUUAUCUUUUCUAAAAUACAGUAUUUUUAUCUUUUCAUUAAUGCAGUCGCAGUUAAUGGUGUUGAGUUGGACGAAAUUCGCUAGGUUUUCAUUAAUUUGAAUAAUAUCUACCCUGGUCACUCUCGACAGAGCAUUUUGAAUGCUUUAUGCUGGAAAUGUUUCUAAACCAAUUGGCACAUUUCGAGCUGGUCUUGAGUUUUGUUUUUAAAACCAGAUUGACUACACUUAAGUAAAUUAAUAUGUGCUAUCACUGAUCUUUGCUUAUUUUGUAGAGUUUCUGCCGUUACUACCACAUAUGCAGCUGUUUCGCGAGUACUAAAUUAAAUCACUCUGAAAAUACGAGUACAAUUGCUUUAGAUUAUGUAA